UCCUGACUCAUCCUGGUGCCCCUCUUCAAUAUUAUCAACUUCGGUAUUUCACCUUCAAUGUCGUAUGAAAAAUAGAAAAAAGAGCAAACGACUGGCCAAAUAAUGGAGUUCUACAGGUUGUUCUAGUUACCAUUCAAGUUCAUUUAUUAAACAUCACGACAGAGUUAAUUAUUUUUAAGAUAAAUUUUUUGGGUACCCACAUGAACCCCCUCGAUAAUACUUGUGUGCACUGAGACACUACUUUAAAACAUCUGCUUUAUAGGCUCUCAAGAUUAUGGAAAUGAAAGCCUGGCAGUUGAAACCACUCUAACCAAAAAGUAAUGAAAACUUAGAGAGGGACAUCGUGGGCCAGACACUACGAGUUAGUUCAGUAGCUGGACGCGAGUCACUCAUUCGGAAGAGGAUCAUGGAAAAGGUUGAAUCCGACGCAAAUAUUAAGAUUAGAAACAAAUAAUUGAUUCGUUUGAUAAAUGAGCGGGUAACGAGUGCAGUAUUUUGUAGUCCUGUCUUGUUAAUAAAGAUGAACAGUGCAUACAACUGAUGAGCCUGCAGGAGUGAGAGAACUGGUGACAAUGGCUGAUGCUAUAAUAAUGAAAAUGGUAACAAACUCUAUACGCCUUCAUGGUGCAAUGGUUAGCAGGCCUGGCUGCGAAUGCGCUUGUCCGGGUUUGAUAUCGGCCCGGGGCAGUCGGACUCCAGCUUAUCCAGCUGUGCAACCUUCGUUUCGGGCUGGUCAAAAACAGGGUACUUGGAAACCAGGGGAAGGUAAACUGGUAACUAGGACACAAUGGCCCUGCGUCUAGGAAGUAGUGAGCUCUUCCUUACCGCAGGCUCAAGGGACAAUGAAACAAAUAUGAACGCCAAGAUCACACGCAUCUCAACGAAUGCUUUUAACAAACUUUACGAGCCUUCAUUCCUCACAGCUGUUUAAGCUUUGCUGCAACCCUGGGGCUACUUCUGCAGGCUGUUAACUCUCUCCGACUCGAAGGCGGACAUAAAAUAGUCAUACAGCAAUCAAGUCCCAACGGAGUGGAUGCAGGGUCCGUUGAGAUAUAUCCGAUAUCGGAUCAGCGUCACGUCACAGGUGGACGUUUGCACCAGGCAGGCCGGCGGGCGUUGGCGACUGCCUCACACUCGACAUUCGGAAAGGAGACUCGACGCUUGUCGUUCAGGCUUCCUCCAAGAGUUCAAGAACGGAGUCUGGUCGUUAAUGAACCAGCAUUAUACCAUUUAAAACCUUCCCUGGAUACGUGUCUAUGAAGAGCGGAAGAUAUGUUUCAUAAAGGCAUCAAGAUAGUCGUCGAUAACAGAUGGGGAAUAGUACUGCUUCUGUUGCUGUUACUGAUGGUGAACAGCCAAGGGGAGGAUGACAACAUUCAAGUGCUGGAGUUUCAGAAGGACGGCGUGGCCAGCUGGUGGACUGUGGCGGAAUACAAAGUCAAUUUGGAUAGAAGACGGAGGAUGAAAUCUGUAACCCUGUGUGGACGCUUCAAGCUCUACUUCCUGCACUCGCGGAGCACCUUCUUCCAGCUCUUCGACCGCCCGCAGAGCAUCGACGCUCAGCUCAAGGGCGAACUCUGGCUGGACCGCGUCAGGCCCGUGCUCGCGCAGCGCUGGAACUUUCACCCCCUGGAGGUCAAGCUCCGCACCUACAGAUGGUACCACAUUUGCUUCACGUACAACCACACGGACCACAAAUACCACACCUACAUUGACGGGGAGCUGGUCUACGAGAUGACCUACGACGUGGGGCGGUCCAUCUACGGCGACUACGCGCGUUUGGGCCAGAGUGAGGAGCUGAUGGAGAGCUUCAGCGGCGCCCUCUCGCAGGUGAACGUGUGGGACUACCCGCUGCAGCAGGACACUGUGCAGGAGAUGGCGUCGUGCAGGGCGGACCUUCAGGGCAACUACGUCUCGUGGGAGGUCGGUUGGUGGCUUUCCAACAUCACCGAGUACCACGUUCCUCUCUCACAUUUCUGCAACAACACCCGCGACACCGUCUACUUCUGGUUCCCGGACAGACCAAGACAGUUUGCGUUCUACAUCUGCGAGGCGUUAGGCACACACCUGCCCCUACCCAAGACAAUGGAUGAAGUCUAUUUCUGGUUCAACCUCUCUGCCAAGACCUGGCCGGACGAACCUGUUAUCUGCAGGGAUAAUUUCUGGACCUCUCUCAUCGACAUUGAAGAAGAAGGUAAAUGGGUUACCCAUUAUGACAAAGCUCUAGCACCUCAUAUCGGCUGGAAAGAUGGAGAACCGAACGGAAUAUUUUAUGAGAACUGCGCUAAAAUUGAGCCGAUCGGUGUGGCAGAUAUCGACUGCGUUACGAACAUCAGGUGCUCGAUCUGCGAGUUCAAACAGCUGCAAAUCUUUUCGUUUCUCGGCACGUGUGAGUUGGAACUCCGCAACAUCAACUUCAUCGCCUACCAGGAGGAGAUAGGAGGCCUCCUCUUCAAGGGCUACGGCGAAUACCACAUAAGGAAAGAAGGAGACGAAUGGCUAUGGGUCAACGUGGUGAAAAAUAAGACGCUGGCCAGGCUGGAUCCCAACGCACCAAUGGGCAUGCCGAUGGGCCGCCGUCUCUGGCACCUUGAGGCGAAACUUAAGGUUUGCAAUCAGAUGGGUGGCUCACGCGUGCUGGCCUUGACCCCUUGUGAGGACGGCAGCUACACUUGUAACGACGCCACUUGCAUCCCUCUUGAGAACCGCUGCGACCUAAAAUACGACUGUCAGGACCACAGUGACGAAGAGGACUGCGACCUCAUCACCAAGCCGGCGAACUAUAAACUAGACCUUCCCCCAAGACCAAACAGUAUAGCCGAGUCCACCAGUCUGCCCGUCGCUCUCCACAUUACCAUAGAAACAGCAUCCAUCGAGACGACUAAGAUGACGAUGCAGCUGACCUACGAGCUGAAGAUGCUCUGGUACGACAACCGCCUCACCUUCCUCAAUCUGAAGACCAACGACAGCCUCAACAAGGUGACGCACAGCAGCAUGGUUACUCUCUGGACGCCCAUUGUCGGCUUCAUCAAUACUGGCACCCACGAACACACUGUGGUGGACAUGGAAACCUCCCUCCACCUGCAGCAGCUUCGUUACUCCAAAAUGAGAGACGGAGGCGCCCCCGGGGAGGUGAUUCUCUAUCCUGGCGAGGACAACCAACUCGUGUUAUCCAGGAAGUAUAACACAAUAUUCGUGUGUGACUUUGACCUGACGCUAUACCCGUUCGACUCUCAGCACUGUGAUAUGCACCUACGAAUGCUUGCAGCCUCCAGGAACUACCUCGCUUUCAACCAAAAUGCCACCAAUGCUGUGUACGUCGGGAGCACACUCCUGCUAGAGUACCGCUUGGGGCAACCCACGCUGCUCUAUGACAACAAAGGGGAGUUUAGCGAGGCCAAGGUACGCAUUCCUCUGCAGCGGCGCGCCGGUUACGCCAUCCUCAACAUUUACACUCCCUCCCUCAUCCUCCUGAUCAUCUGCUACGUCAGCCUCUUCUUCCGUCCUCAUAUCUUCGAGGUCCGGGUGAUGACAACACUCACGGCGCUCCUCGUCAUGGCGACGCUCUUCACACAAGUGUCUGCCUCCCUGCCAAAGACAUCCUACUUCAAAAUGGUGGACCUCUGGCUUCUCUUCUGCAUCGUCAUGAGUUUCUUGAUAAUCAUUUUCCACACAAUCAUUGACAAUACUCUUGGGGACAAAAUUAGCGGAGCGGCCGAAGACUCGUCCGUGACUAAAGUAAAGCCUUUCGCCUCGGCCCCCAGCACUCCGACGCCGAUCCUCAGGUCUUACAAGAUGAUCAACACCACUACCGCAGGCUACAUUAAUAUUGCCAGGUACUCCAUAUGCAUCCUUUUCAUCAUUUUUAACCUGAUCUAUUGGAGUUACAUCUUUGGGUAGGAGCGAGUUGACCGAAGAAAUGCUGGCAAAGAUUUUAGACGGAUCUUUACAUCUAAAUUGCAACCCUCACAGGAAUUCUACCUCUUGAGUGUAGCCUAGGAAGGGAGGCCGUCCUCGAGGUUCAAAAGCGUAACAAGUAUACAUGAACUGUUCUGGCUAAGCUGUUUAUUAUACUGGGCCUCAGUUGCUGCACCUCGCAUUCCCAAAGAAAAGUAGGAAAGGGUUCAAUGAGUCUCUUCCUCUGCUUUGAAAUCCGUUAUCUUUGUCUUUAGUUUCAUAGGUCACCAUAUGAAGUUUAUGCUCAAUGCUGCACUUAGUCGACAUAAUUUAUUUGAUGAACUUCCCUUUUGUUCAUCCUCUUUAGGAAUUUAAGUUCAUGAGUUGUCCAUGAUGUGUGUGUGUGAAUCUAUUGAUUUUGCAAAGUACCAUGAGUUUCAGUUUCCCUCCUAAUUAUUUUUUUAUACAUUCAAAAUAAAAAAAUAAUGUAUAUAAAUAAUUCAUGUAAAAAUAAAAUAAGUAGACCAAUCGUUGAGAACAAGAAACAAUAAAACCCAACCGUCAAUACAACUUCGGGAGGUCGAGGUGGAUCCCCGUAGAGGCUAAAGCCAUAUAUAUGUACUCACCUGCCACUUCUCUUAGCGUCCCUGAAGCAGAGCA